GGUUGCGAGUGGGGGGGAGGCGUAUCCGGCGUUUGGGCCGCGGGUGCAUGGGGAUCCGAGAGCGCAUACAGAUCCGAGAGCACAUCCACCCCCCCACACCGAUCCAAGAGCGUACCACCCGCCUCCGCACGCCUAUCACCCCCAUCAUCGCGGAUUUGAACCGUACCACGACCGCAGUGGAGGGUACGCGCCCUCAUCGCAGACGCCUGUGCAUGCUGCGUAUGGGCGCCCGGGCUCGCGAGACGGACCGGCCGCCGGUGGCGGUGGGAUGGGCCCUGUUGCGGGCGGGUUGUAUGGGCCGGGGGGUAUCGUGCCGCCGCCGCCCGCGACGCCUGCACCGAGGGAUGCGUAUCCCCCGGCGGCGGCGUAUCGGAUGGGUGAGGCGGGACGGUAUGUGGGCGAUGAACGCCCGCACUCGAGACCGGGGUCGAGACCGGGUUCGCCGGUGGGACGGAGGGAGGCGGACGGGAGGGAGGGGUUUGAAGCGAGAGGCGGCGCGAUCACUCAGACCCUCAGGGGCGUGCCUCCGCCGCCGCCCCCGGGCCCGCCGCCACCGAAAACACCCGCCCCGCGCGCAAGCUGGAGGAUGGAACAACCGACUCCCACUCCUGUUGUUGCGCCGGGUAUGCCUGUGGAUCAACCAGCAACAACGCCCUCGGCGCCGUCGACACGCAAAUCGGCAGUCGAAGCUGAGCAGACGCCGCAGGCUGACGAACCGGCUGCCGUCGGGAAGCUGGACCUCCGCGGACUGUCGAUGAAACGGUCACACUAUUACCCACCAGCGGCGAAGGAUGGCCAACCGACGCCGAGGGUUGAGGGCAGGAAGGAUGACGCGCUGGGGAAAUCCGACGCGAAUAUCACCACCCCGGCUACGCGCGCCAGCCCGUCCCGCAAACGCCGCCGACGAUCAACCGACUCGCGCGAUUCGAGCCGCGGGCGGAACCGGCACAGCAGGAGUCGUGGCCGCAGCCGCAGCCGCAGCCGAAGCAGAAGCAGAAGCAGAACCCGAAAACGGCUCCGUACCCGCUCGCCCAGCAGCGGUUCCCGCGACCGUCGCGACCGGGACGAUGAUGACCGACGCAGCAGAGGAAGGGGCUCCCGCUCCCGCGACCGCUCCGUCUCGUCGGCGUAUUCAUCCGAUGCGUACCGCCGGAGACGGUCGAGGAGCAGGAGUCGGAGUCGGAGUCGGAGUAGGGGACGCAGGGCGUACGUGGGGAGGGAUCGACGAAGGGAGUUGAGGUCUCGGUCGGCGAGCGUGAGGGGUGGAAGGGCGAGGAGGGAUGAUGGGAGGGUGAACGGGGGAGUGGAGAGGAGGGAAGAGAAGAAAAGGGGUGCGGAUGUGGAUGUGGUUGAGCGUACUGAGGCCGAGAGGGAGACUCCUCAGGAGAAGGAUCAAGGUCAAGUGGAUGUGGAACCCGAGCGCCGUAGCAAGGAGGACGUAGCUGUUGCGGACACAGCCAAGUCAUCGAACGCGGGCGCAUUCCCCGCCGCACGCAAACGCACACGAACACCCUCGCCCUCGCCUUCCCGGUCACAUCCACGCCGGUCAGCGUCGCCUCCGGAAAAGAAACGGAGGCGGAUAUCCCAGCAGGUGCUCGGCAACGGUCCAGCCCCGCUACCAUCGCCGCCGCCCCAAGAUGAGCCUACUUCUCACGAAGCCACCGCCGCACUGCCCACCAAAGACGACCAAAACUACAUGCCCACCUCAACAUCAUCAGACUCCGAAAGCGAGAUCGAGAUCGAGGAGUUCGUAUAUGUUCCUUCGAAACAUUCGUCCGUCGAGUCCGUGGUCGAGCGUACCAGCCUCUCCUCCACGCCUCCUACCUCCACUAUCGCUGCGAUCGGGCUUGCGAGUACCGAUGAUGCAGCCCCAGCCUCCGUCAUCGUACCACCACCCCCAGCAAAUGUGGAUGUGGCGAUCACGUCCAACGCGUCUGACGAUGGGGAUAUCGACUCGUCCUCCUCAGACUCUGAAAACGAUGAAAAUGAAAACGAAGCGGAUACGACAACGGCCAACCAGACAGACGACGAGGGAGGCGAAGGCGGUCGACGGGACGCGGCGGAUACCAUCAUGCCGCUGGACGCGGCCUUGCAAGCGACGGCGUGGUGGCGGGAUCAUCCGUAUGUUGCGCCCGGGGUCGUGAGGUUGCGCGAUGGGUGAGCCGGUGUGGGGUCGAGGUUUUGGAGACAUGGGAAGAAGUUAGGAGGGGGGAAAGGACAAGCGGUCCGCCGUUGGAUUUCGGGCGUCGCGAUGGUUCUGGGGAACGUAGCGGGUUGGGAGAGAAAGGUGUUUUUUUUUACCUUUUUGAGGAGAUUUUUUGUGCGGCCCCCAUUCUUGUUUUCGGGUGUGAUGGCGGGAAUCGAUUACCCAUUUGCGGAACAUAGGGCGUUAUUUGAGGGGAUUUUUCCUGCUUGACAGUUGUGAAUGUGUUUGGGUUGGAUACCCCCUUCGUUUUCUGAUUUCACAAGGGAAGCGGACAUCCUUGUUCAUGCGUCCGGUUCUAAACUGGUCCCGAGCCCUGGCUGAGACGUAUCCGACAUGUCUUCAUCUUCAGGCUGAU